UAUAAAAGACCGAGUCGAUUCCUGAUUGCACUCAGUGUGAAACUGUAGUUUCAACAACAACAUGUUUCUGACCAAAGGUCUCAUCUGUAUUGCCUUUUUGGCGCUUUUGGCCAAUGCCCAGUUCUCUCCCAACUAUGUGAAUGGACGCAAUGGCAUGGUCCAUUUGUUCGAGUGGAAAUGGGAUGACAUUGCCGCCGAGUGCGAGAAUUUCCUGGGACCCUACGGCUUUGCUGGUGUGCAGGUGUCCCCCGUCAAUGAGAAUGCCGUGAUUAACAGUCGCCCUUGGUGGGAGCGUUAUCAGCCCAUCUCCUACAAGCUGACAACUCGGUCGGGCAACGAGCAACAGUUCGCCAGCAUGGUGAGACGUUGCAACAAUGCCGGAGUGCGCACCUAUGUGGAUGUUGUGUUCAAUCAUAUGGCCGCCAAUGGUGGCACUCGUGGCACUGGCGGCAGCACAGCUGAUCCGGGCUCCAAGAGCUUCCCCGCUGUGCCCUUCUCCGCGCUGGACUUUAAUCCGACCUGUGGCAUUACCAACUAUAAUGAUCCCGCCAAUGUGCGCAAUUGCGAGCUUGUUGGUCUGCGUGAUUUGAACCAGGGCAACUCUUGGGUGCGUGACAGAAUUGUGGAUUUCCUGAACCAUUUGACGGAUCUGGGUGUUGCCGGUUUCCGUGUGGAUGCCGCCAAGCACAUGUGGCCUGGAGAUUUGGCCGCCAUCUAUGGACGCCUGAAGAAUCUGAACACUGGACAUGGCUUCAGCUCGGGCGCCAAGCCCUACAUCUUCCAGGAGGUCAUCGAUCUGGGUGGCGAGGCCAUCAAGAAGUCCGAGUAUACGGGCAUGGGUGCCGUCACCGAGUUCCGUCACUCCGACUCCAUUGGCAAGGUGUUCCGCGGCAAGGAUAAGUUGCGCUAUUUGAACAACUGGGGCACCUCCUGGGGAUUCGCUGCCUCCGAUCGUUCGCUGGUGUUUGUGGACAACCAUGAUAACCAGCGUGGUCAUGGUGCCGGUGGUGCCGAUGUGCUCACCUACAAGGUGCCCAAGCAAUACAAAAUGGCCUCCGCCUUCAUGUUGGCCCAUCCCUUCGGCACGCCCCGUGUGAUGUCGUCCUUCGCCUUCAGCAACCCCGACCAGGGACCACCGACCACCGAUGGCCAGAACAUUGCCUCGCCCAGAUUCAACAGCGAUAAAUCCUGCAGCGGCGGUUGGGUUUGUGAGCAUCGUUGGCGUCAGAUCUACAACAUGGUGGGCUUUAGGAAUGCCGUGGGAACCGCUCAGCUGCAGAACUGGUGGGAUAAUGGCAGCAAUCAGAUCUCCUUCAGUCGUGGCAAUCGCGGCUUUGUCGCCUUCAACAACGACAACUACGAUAUGAACAGUUCCCUGCAAACUGGUCUGCCAGCUGGCUCCUACUGCGAUGUCAUCUCUGGCCAGAAGAACGGCUCCAGCUGCUCCGGCAAGACCAUCGUUGUUGGCUCCGAUGGCCGUGCAAAUAUCUCCAUUCGCAAAGCCGAGGAAGAUGGUGUCGUUGCCAUUCAUAUCAAUGCCAAGCUGUAAGGCAGCAAAAAACACAAUAAGAUUGGGAUUAAAGAUUGUAUUGAACGAACAUAAAAGACGUUGUGGUUUCAUUUGUAC